AUGGACGACCGCCGCCGAUCCCCGUUGUUCCGCCCGACGGACGGUCCGUCCGGCACACCGCUGCUUCGCGCCGCCGAGGCCGACGAAGAAGACACACGGGGCCGGCCCAGCUACGGGGGCAACCGGCGUCACAGCCCGCUCCCCGCGACCAAUUCCUCGGCGUCGUUCCUCUCUCGCACGCCGAUAACGCCCUCGGCCCGCCCGACCUUCUCCCGCAGCAGCACGAUGCGCAGUCGGUCGCCGAGCACGAACGCCCGGCUCGCGGCGCGGAAGAAAUACACGUACGCGACCUUCUUCCUGGUCGUCAGCCUGGUCAGCUUCACGGCGCAGACGGAGUUGGCGGCCUACGUGCAGCGCGACCUCGGGUGGGACAAGGCGUACUGCAUGCUGUACGUGACCCACGGCAGCUGGGCGCUGCUGUGGCCGGUGCAGCUGCUGGUGCUGCGCCUGCAGAAGCUCGACAUGCCGUGGCCCGUCUUCUGGCGCCGGCACGUCUGGCUGCUGCGGACGACGGCCCAGAUGGUGCAGACCCGCUCGCUCGACGUCGCGCCGCGCGGCCGCGGCGGCGCCUCGUCCAUGUCCCCGCUCGUCUACAUGGUGCGCACCACCGCCCUCGUCACCACCGCCCUCACCGUCGCCGGCCUGAGCUGGUACGUCGCCGUCAACAAGACCACCCCGAGCGACCUGACCGCCAUCUACAACUGCAGCGCCUUCUUUGCCUACGCCUUUAGCGUACCCCUGCUCAAGGAGCGCCUGCGCCUCGACAAGAGCAUCGCCGUUGCCAUCGCCAUCGCCGGCGUGCUGGUCGUCGCGUACGGCGACGGCGGCAACGACUCGUCGCCGUCGAAGCCGACCCCGCCGACCCCGCCGCCCGGCACCGCCGCCGCCGACGAGCCGCCGACCCCGCCCACCAACGAGCUCGACGCCGGGACGCGGUUUUUGGGUAACAUGAUCAUCGGGGUCGGGUCGGUGCUCUACGGGUUGUACGAGGUGCUGUACAAGCGGUACGCGUGCCCGCCCGAGGGCACGUCUCCCGGACGGGGCAUGAUCUUCGCCAACGGGUUCGGCAGCCUGAUCGGGGUGUUUACGCUGCUGGUGCUGUGGGUGCCGCUUCCCGUGCUGCACGUGCUCGGGUGGGAGACGUUCGAGAUGCCGACGGGCCACACGGCCUGGCUGCUGUUCCUGAGCACCGUCAUGAACGCCACCUUUGCGGGCUCCUUCCUCGUCCUCAUCAGCCUGACCAGCCCCGUGCUCAGCAGCGUCGCCUCGCUGCUGACCAUCUUCCUGGUCGCCAUCGUCGACUGGAUGCUGACGGGCCAGCCGCUCAGCGCCGCCGCCGUCGUGGGCGGCUGCCUCAUCGUCGUCGCAUUCGCUAUGCUCAGCUGGAGCACCUGGCGCGAGAUGGCCGAGGACGAGAAGAGGCGGGAUGUCGAUAUUAGCCGGGACGACGAGGACUACGAUAGCGACGAUGACUGA